AAGGUUUUCAUCAGUUGGUUCCUUGAGGAAGUAAGCAUUUCCAAGAGAUCACAACAAGUACUACUGUUUCUAGGUAGAGAGAGAUGGGGAGGGCUCCUUGCUGUGACAAGGCAAAUGUGAAGAAGGGGCCUUGGUCUCCAGAAGAAGACACCAAACUCAAGGAGUACAUAGAGAAAUAUGGGACCGGUGGGAAUUGGAUUGCUCUUCCUCAGAAAGCUGGUUUGAAGAGAUGUGGAAAAAGUUGCAGAUUGAGGUGGCUGAACUAUCUCAGGCCAAACAUUAAACAUGGAGAAUUCACUGAUGAGGAAGACAGAAUCAUCUGCAGCCUCUUUGCUACCAUCGGGAGCAGAUGGUCAAUUAUUGCUGCUCAGUUACCGGGCAGGACUGACAAUGAUAUCAAGAACUACUGGAACACCAAGCUGAAGAAGAAACUCAUGGCCAUGUCUGCUACUCCUCCACAAUCCCAAAGAAAACCACCACCAUUCCCACCAGCAUCAUCUGAAUCUCUAUUUUCAUCACUGUACAAAGACUGCACCACUUCUUACUAUAAUAUUACAACCAAACCUUUCACAGGGUUUGAACCCAUUUCCUCGGUUCAUCAAUCCAACCUUUUGCACAACACCUCUACCUUAGCCAGUAACAAUCCUUCCUCUUUUCUUCAGAACCCUGAAAGUUUGAUGAGUCCUGUGUAUUAUCCAUGUGUGAAGGACAAUUUCCUGAUAUUUGGCGGUGAAACAAGUUGCAGCUCUUCUGAUGGAAGUUGCAUCCAGAUCAAACAAGAGGUGGAUCAUCAUCACAUGGGUGGUACUAAUUUUGCAUCCUCUGGUGCAUAUGAAGAUCAAACCUACAAAUUCAUGCUGAGUUAUGGGAGCAGUGGAGGUGAAAAUGUGAACCGGUGGAAUGAGAAGGUAAAUGGGUACUGUGGGGAAACUCAAUUGGACUAUGACCUUGAAGAUGUUAAGCAAUUGAUUAGCCCAAGUAGUACUUUUAAUGGCAGCAUCAAUACCAGCAACUUGUUGUUCAUUGAUGAAAGUAAGACACAAGAGAAGGUGAUGUACUACCACUACUGAUUUGAGUACUGACUGCAAGUAAAAUCAGAAAGAUUUGAUGGGGUAAGGGGGAAAUGUGUGUGUGGGGACUGGGGUCUGGGGGGUGGGGAGGGGAGAGAGAUCUGCAGAACAUGACUUUGAGUUUCUGGGGUACUGUGUUUUUUUUUUUUUUAAUGUAAUGAAAUGAAACAUUACCUCUAUUGACAGUACAUGGGAAAAGCCUCGUUUCUUUUGGUUUGCAUUUCUUUUUGGGAGGUGAUGAUGUUUGUUUAUGUACGGCUCUUUGCUCGCUGUGUAACCCCCAAUCAGAAAUAAAUGUUUAUGACAACU